AUGGCGGCGGUGGCUCCCAUGGACCUGGUCACGAUGGGCGACCCUGCCUCCAUCCCCCUUCGAUGCACACUCUGCCCCAAGAAGCCCAACUUCUCCGAUCUUUCCCAUCUGCUCACUCACAUUUCGUCAAAGAGCCAUCUCGCUCAUCGCUUCAAGGCUGAGCUGAAGGCUCGUGACAACCGAGCGGUUUUAGAAGAAGUCCGGCAAUAUGACAACUGGUGCGAGCAGUAUGGUAUCAACGCUCUCCUUGCCGAGCGCAUGGCUGCGAAGGAGCAAAAGAAAACGGGUAGACGCACCAGGCAUUCGACUGUGUCGAACAAAUCCGAUGCUGGCAACUUGGACCAUGACUUGAUCAAGGCUGAUCCUGAUGAGUAUGCGGAGUCGUUGUCCGUGGUGAAUCAUUGGUCUGGAAUGCCGAGCUCCUUCCAAGAUAUACAUCGCGGGCACUUCGAGAAUACGAACGGCUCGGGCUACCCAGCCGAGUUUCUGAAGCGCUCUCGGUCAGACUAUUCGAUUCCCACCACCCCAGAGAACGCGGCACCCGCCAAGUACUACCGGAGGUGGCCCUCGGAGACGGGAACCACGGACAGUGUCCCUGUUUCCGAGAUUCCGUCGGAGACCACCGAAGGCGAUGACGAGAAUGAUAUCAACAAACUUAAAGGCGUGAGGUUUCCCGGCAUGGGGCUUUUCGACUCCGCGGACGAUAUUCAAAAGAGGAUGCGCAAUCAAAGGAAGGACGAUUCCGUCUUGAAGCAAAUGGAGGAGACUUCAUCUGGCAUCGUCCCAAAUGAGUUUGUCUGGGCGGAGGAUGGCGAGUUUCAACGUGUCCGGGAUAUUUACGCUACUCCUUCAGUCGAAGGAAGCCCGGACCGUGAGUUCGAGGACUCCGAUGUCCCGAAGCCCAAGCGAGGCCGCCGUUCCUCAACUGCUACUACAACAUCGGGGCCUGCACGCAGGUCCUCGAGCAGACUCACACGCAGGGUAGCGUCCCGCACUAGACGCUCUCAGGGUGGUGCUAGCGAGAGAGGUUCAGGACCCGGCGAGGGCUACGAUGUCUUUCGUGACUCUCCAAAGAGCAAUCCUGGUAGGAGGACUGGGGGUGCCCCGUCACCUAUGUUUGCUUCUCAGUCCUCCGUGCCGAGCAGCAAUUAUUUUCAACACCAGCACGCCAUGGGGGCCGGCACGUUCAACCCGCUGUGUGUUCAGGGCCGGAACGGAUAUUACAACCCAUACGGUUAUUCGAACUUUGGCACCGAGGCAAAGCCGUCGACUCCCAACUUUCCCACUCUCAACGCCAUGAACUUGGGCGGUAUGGCAUUCAACGGCUUCGCUGGUACUUUCGCCUCGGAUUCAACCCAUGAGCGUGUUGAGCAGGACUUCGACCUCUAA